GAGCGGAUCGUGUGUCACUAUAACAGAAGGACAUAAUCAGCGCGGUAAGUUUGCAGAACCUUACAGCCUGUCUCGGCCAGCAGGGAGCUCACUUCUUUCAGCUUUUCUGAGGUUGCAAAGUCCACUGUCACCAUGUCUGACACUGAGGAAGUUGGGGUCGAGGAAUACGAUGCUGUAGAAGAGGAGGUAGUAGAGGAAGUAGAGGUGGCCCCUGAGGCGGCCCCUGAGCCAGAGCCAGAACCAGAGCCAGAGCCAGAGCCAGAACCAGUGGUAGAACCAGAGCCAGAACCAGAACCAGAGCCUGAGCCUGAGCCUGAGCUUGAAGAGGCCGUUGAAGAGGAAGAGGAGAAGCCAAAGUUCAAGCCCAGCGCUCCAAAGAUCCCCGAUGGUGAGAAAGUGGACUUUGAUGACAUCCAGAAGAAACGUCAGAACAAGGACCUGGUCGAGCUGCAGGGUCUGAUCGAUGCUCACUUUGAGUGCAGGAAGAAGGAGGAGGAGGAGCUGAUCGCUCUCAAGGACAGGAUUGAGAAGCGUCGUGCCGAGAGGGCUGAGCAGCAGAGGGUCCGCGCUGAGAAGGAGAAGGAGCGCCAGAUCAGACGUGAGGAGGAGAGGCGGCAGAGGGAGGAGAUUGACGCCAAGAAGAAGGCGGAUGAAGAGGCCAAGAAGAAGUCGGCUCUGUCCAGCAUGGGCUCCAACUACAGCAGCCACCUGCAGAGGGCCGACCAGAAGAGAGGAGGAAAGAAAGAGACUGAGAGAGAGAAGAAGAAGAAGAUCCUGGCCGCCAGACGCAAGCAGCUGAACAUCGACCAUCUGAACGAAGACAAGCUGAAGGAUAAGAUCAACGAGCUGCAUGAAUGGAUGACCCAGCUGGAGUCUGAGAAGUUCGACCACAUGGAGAGACUGAAGAGGCAGAAGUACGAGGUGCUCACGUACAGGAACCGCAUUGAUGAGUUGCAGAAGCACAGCAAGAAGGGAGCCGCCGCCCGCCGCAGAAAGUAGAUCGGCGCGCCCCGCCGCUGCUCAGAAACCAAACUGCGAUCGUCUCGGACUCACGCCUGAUGAAACAACGCACACUGUGGCGAAGGUCGUAGCUCAGAAGCAGCCAGUAACGCUGAGGUUUACUUUGCAGUUAUCAACCCCUGUCCUGAUACAUGCAACCAGGAGCCUUUAGCUGCUGUUCAAUAGGAAUAAAAACGUGUUCGCCAUCACGCUUCCUCGCCCUCCACUGUUUGGUUCUCAGUAUUUUUGUAAAUAAAGUUUGACUCUUCAAGCCA